GGGUUAGUUGGGGUAAACGUAAACAGGGGCAAUUGCAAACACGUUUAAUAACAUUUGAAUUUGGCGCCUACGAAUGUUGCCAAGCCGCGACGGAGACACUGCAACUUUCAUCCGUAUUCGUCUGUUUACACCGAUUGUUAGUGCUACCGGUCGAGCUGAAAAAAAUAUUUUCUUUUUUGCAGCAUAAAAAAGUUGUUGAGCAGAUUCGAACUGAUCGCUUUGUGUCACAAAAAAAAAUUGAAAUUAAUACAGAAAUACGAUGGUGAGAAACUACGAACAAAAAAAGAAAAAUGAUCAAAGAUAUUCUGAUGUAGAUCUCGUUAAUGCCCUGAAUGAUGUUAAGAACAAAAAUAAAACUUUCAGGCAAGCACAGCAGGCCUACAAUAUACCCCUUGCCGUCAUUUACCAUAGAAUAAGAGGUAGAAAAAAUCCCAUGACUGUUUUGAAAGCAGGGCGCCGGCCUGCUUUACCUGCAGAUGUAGAGAAUUCGUUAGCAAAAUGUCUUAUUGCUCGUGUUCGAAUGGGCUGGCCUGCUGACGAGAAGGAGUUAUGUAGUUUUGUCGGCGAAUAUGUUACAUUGAUGAAUUUGAAAACUCCUUUCAAAAAUAACGUACCUUCACACGAUUGGUAUUUGGGAUUCAUGAGGAGGCAUCCAAACUUGUCAUUCAAGAAGCCUGAGCAUCUUCAAAAGAUUCGAAAAGACGCCAGAGAUCCGUUUGUGGUCUACGACUUUUAUCAAAAGAUUAAUGAUCUGAUGAGUGAAACAUCAGUCGACCAACCAAAUAAAUCGUAUUUCGUUUUCAAUGCUGACGAGUCUGGAUUUAGUAGUGAUCCCUCCAGAGUAAGAGCGAUUGGCGAGAAAGGAAAAGCUCUGAGUCGAGUUUCGGGUGGUUCAGGAAGAGAGUCGACAACAGUAUUGGCCUGCAUUGCUGCAGACGGAACUUAUCUUCCCCCAUUUAUUGUGUUCAAAGGAGGGGCGGUCCAGGCACGUUGGACAUCUGAAAAAGCAUUUCCAGGAACGUUAUAUGGAGCAUCAAAAAACGGAUGGAUGGAGGAGCCUCACUUUUAUCAUUGGUUUGUGACAUCAUUUAUUCCCGAUGUGAAAGUUCGCAGGCUUAGGCAUAACCAACUUAAUCAAGCAGCUAUUCUACUGUUCGACGGCCACUGCAGUCAUGUAAGCGUUCGCAUUGUACAUGCAGCUAUUCAAAACAACAUAUCACUCUUCCGAUUUCCCAGUCACUUGACUGAUAGGAUACAGUCUCUGGACAAGUGUGUUUUCGGCCCCGUGAAAAUUAAAUGGGACAAAAUAUUAGUAGCCCAUGGCAAGUCCGAAAUGGGCAAAUCGUCAGGUAGGCUUAGUAAACAAAAAUUUGUGGAGCUACUAGCCGAAGUUUGGAGAGAUGGUAUGACAGCAGCAAACAUUAUAUCAGGGUUUGAAACUACUGGUAUAUUUCCUAUAAACUCUGCAAUGUUUCCUGAAGAGUUCUUUGAUCCUAUUAAAUUGAAAAAAUACAAGCAGAGCAUUAAAUCUGUAUCUUUGGGGUUACAAACUUCUGAUGAACAUAUUGAGCCUAUUCCGGGAACAUCUGUUAUAGAACAGAACGGUCCUAUUCCUGCACCAUACCCAAAGAAGACUCCACCGGUAAUGACUCCAGAGAAGAAAACUUGGAAUUUACAACAGCCCCAACACUAUUCUCCGAAUCGCAUUCUUCACAUAUUCAGUCAAAAGUUACAGGAAGCAUGUAAAAAUCCUACUACAUUAGAUGUUGCUGCCAGUGCUCUUCCAAGAAAAGUCGUCCCACGUUUGAGACAGUCCACUUACGGAGAAGUCUUGACAACUUCUGAAGUUUUAAAGAAACUUGAAGAAGCUGAAGAGAAGAAGAAGGAUAAAGGAAAUAUGACCAAGAAGCCUCGAAAAAUGAAACAGAGCAAAGGUAUCAAAAAAAAAGGGGAAUAGAACAUUAAAAUUUACACCAUCUGAUACUGAAAGUGAGGAAGACGUACAUUUAUUUGAAGAAAAUGAGACUGACGACGAAGAUUUACCAUUGAUCACGUUGAUCAAUAAAAAAUCUUCGAAAGAAUUGAAAUCUGUGGUUUAUAGAGAGGUGAAGUGGGACGAUGUACAGGAAGACACUUUUAUUCUAGCCAAAUUUACUGGGAUACACAAGAGCUCCAUUGAAUAUAAAUAUGUUUGCCUAGUUCAGAAGAAAGAUGAGGAUGAUGGUGAAAUUGCUAUUGUAGGGCUCAAGUCAGUCGACAAAACCUGUUCUGACUUCUACAUCAACGAGAUGAACGUAUCUUACAUCACACUGAGGUGGUUGCUAUUCUUCCUACACCCAGUACCAAGUUUGUGGGACGCAAAAUGAUUUAUUCAUUUUCUGGAAAAGUAGACAUUUUCGAAAAACCAUAUUAAAAUUACCUAUUUGAACAUUUGUACUUUUAUGAGGAGAAUAUAUUUAUUUUUUACUACAUAUUUUUCUCAAAUAUCCUUGGGGCAAUUGUAAACAUUACUCGAAAUAUCAUCAGUCGAGAAACGAAAUCUCAACGAUUUGGUUCUCUGUUCACAUUUACCCCAUAUAAAGUUACACAGGGCUGAUAUAGACACGAACACGAUGUUUACGAUUGCCCCAAAAUUUCCAAUAAUUAUUCUUAUUCUUGGGCAAUUGUAAACAUCUCAUAUUUCGAUGAAUUAUCCAACCUUAUUACUGCCAUUUCAAGGACAUAACCACAACCCUCCAAGAUGCCUCCACCCAGAAAUAUUAUGUGGUAAAUAUUGAACUUCAGAUUUUAAAAGACUUUAUAUUAUAAUUUGUAAAAAUCGUUUACCAUUACCCCAACUA